AUGGUAAUUUCCUGUCAAAAAAUUCAUUUUGAGAUACUCACAUGGAAAGAUAGCCUGACAGUCCGGUCUCACGAGCGAUAUCCCGAUCGGGAUAUUUUUGCAAAACAUUUUGGAAAAAUUCAUUAUAGCAAAUAUCGAGAAGGAGCGCGUAAACUAUUGAUUGGACUUACACAACAACAACGUGAAAAAAUUAUCGAAGAUGUAAAGGAAAUGUAUCCUGGCAUAGCACAAUGUUUCAAACUGAAUUUACCAUUCAAAAAUUCAUUUUUACGUGAUGUACAAAUUCUACAUCCGUCGUUGCAAUCUGUACGAAACACUGAUCAGAUCGUACCAGUGAACAGAGAAAUAAUCAAGGCUAUUCAAAAAUCGUCUUCACUGUACACAGGGGAAUUGGCUAAAGUGAAAGUGGCUAUGGAACGAAUGGAAAAUGAAAAACAAGAACGUAGGAGUGCCGAAGAAAUUGACAAACAGAUAUUAAAAGAAGUAGAACAAUUAUUAUUAAAACAAAAAGAUUUACAACGACAACAACAAGGAGCCAGGUCAAUUAUUAGUGACGAGGUUUCUAAAAGAACAUCCAAAAAUGUUAAAAAAUGUUUUUCAUCAUAUCAAGAUCAAUCAAAUUUAAGACGUUCUUCUCAACUUGCCAACAAACGGUCUGUGACAAAUACACAGGACUAUGAUGAGACAGUUGUCAUGAUGAUAAAGACUGUGCUAUUGAAUUUAACGGCAUAUAUAAAUAACAUAAACUUUUAGCAGACGAACCACUAUCCGAUCAAAAAAAGAACGAUCCCCGAUAUUUUUCGAACAACUUUUCACCGAAAAGAGCUAGAACCUCACGGUUUACAACAUUCGACAGAGCACAGGUUGGGAAGUAGAUCUAUGAAAAAAUUCAAGCUUCGGAUCAGAUUUACUACGGUAAGUCAUUCCCAGCAAAAUGUCCGAACCUGUGGUUCAUAUGCCAAACAAUGAACUUUGAAUUCUGAGACUUCAGCUAGAACCACUAGACCAUCGUUUUUCAAGCUAUGCGCGAUUCAGGGUUUCAUUCUCAAUGGAUUAGGAGUUACAGAGGUUUUCUGGGGACCUACCUAUUGACUAAACUUCAUGUUCGCUAUCUUAUUAUUAUCUUAUAAGGUACAGAUAAUUUAAUUAAAAUUCAAAAGAAAAGAAAAGAUGCAUUCGCUAAACAAGAAGAAAAACGAGAGAAAACAACUAAUUAAACAAUCGUUGACAAUUGAUUGAAAGAGAUUCUUCUUAUUUUACGAUUCUGAUCACCUCUGGUCAAAGGGUCAUUGAAUAGUUUUGGUCAUACGAUAUAUCAGUAGUCAUGGAAACUGAUACUUGUGGUUUGUAUGAAAAAAUAAAACAAGCUUUUUUGUUUGGAAACUUCUUUCUUGUGUUCUUUGUUUUGAAACUGUGUGAGAGUAAGUGGAAUCUUUUGAGCGUGGAUUGAACAAGGAUUAUUUCUCCUUGGUGUGUUUUUUUGUGAAGUAAACUUCAUUGUAACGACAUUUUCAUCAAUUCGAACACAUAUUCAAUUUAGUUGAUGACCCGCGCAGAGAUGGUCUUUGGUCUUCAAUGGUACUCUAGUGUUUUUUCACUGUGGGAUGGUCUUCUAUUAUGGGGGGUGG